AUGCCGCGCGCAGAAGCUGGAUCAACAAAGGCGAUCAGCAACAAGAUCAAGGCUAAAGGCUUAGGCAGGCUUAGAUGGUAUUGUCAGGCUUGUUCGCGCCAGUGUCGCGAUGAGAACGGCUUUCGCUGCCAUGUCCAGAGUGAAAGCCAUGUGCGCCAGGUGCUGCUGAUCGGCGAAGACCCCAAGAAAUACAUCGAAGACUACAGCAAACAAUUCCUCGACAACUUUCUCAAUUUACUCAAGACCGGUCAUGGCGAGAAGAAGGUUCACAUCAACCAGUUCUACCAGCAAGUCAUUGCGGAUAAGGAGCACAUCCAUAUGAACGCUACGAAAUGGAAGAGUCUUUCACAGUUCGCUGCAUACCUGGGUCGUGAGGGAAUAUGCCGUGUCGAGGAGACUGAAAAGGGUCUUUUCGUGUCUUAUAUCGAUCGGAGUCCGGAGGCCAUGAGACGACAGGAGGCUCUGCUGAAGAAGGAACGUCAGGACAGAGGAGAUGAGGAACAGGAGCAGCGACAGAUCCGGGAGCAGAUUAAGCGCGCUCAGCAGUCUGCGAAGGAGGAGGAAGAUAUCGACCCUGAAGCUCGCAAGCUGCAACGCAAGGAGGGUGAGAAGGUCAAGCUGAAUAUUGGAUUCGGUUCGAAGACAAACGGCGAUUCGAAGAGCGAGUCACCGAAGCCCGCAUCGUCUGAGGAGAAGGAUGGCGGUGCGUCGGCCACUCCAGAAACUGCCGAUGCUUCGCCUGCGCCUGCUGCCGCUGCCACUCCCGCCUCCGCCCCGCCUGCGCCCCAGGCUGCGCCGAAAGUAUCUUUGUCCUUCGGUGGUGGUGGAAACAAGCCGAAGAAUGUCUUUGCUGCGGCUGUAAAGAAGAACCCUCUCGCAGGAAAGAAGGGGCCAGUUAUGGAACAACCCAAGAAGAUGACGGAGCAGGAGCGCAUCAUGAAGCAGGAGAUGGAGGCUAUGGAGCGGAAGCGUAUGCGGAGUUCUGCUGGGUUCCCUGAUGCGAAGCGCCCGAAGAUCUCUUGA